AUGGCUACUUCACGGGGUCAUUCAGCCUUCAAUCAAGUCUGUGCACAAUUUUGGACAAAGCUACAAAAUCUGAGAAUUAUCUCCACUCCUCUAGAACAAGCCGUGGUCCAAAAGAGACGCCAUGCUCAUCAAUAUGGCUUUCACAGGCAUGUCCAACAUGCCUCAGGCAAGGGGUUGAGGAGGGAGAGACAUGUGAAGUCUUUGCAGGGGUCAGCUCUCCCCCACCACUUGGGCCCUUAUCAUGGCAACAACUCCACCCGCCCGCUGCAGAUCCUGCCUCUGCAUCCUUGGCAUGGCCCACCUGCUCCCAAGCUAUACUAUCUAAUGCACUGGGUACACAAGACCGAAAAGCGGCAAGAACAGUACGUGGAUGGCGCCAUGGGGAAAGCUGCUCCAAACUACCAUUUGGGGCCAGGAGAGAAGACCCCCCUUGGAACAGAUGUCGGAGCUGGAAGCAGGAACUCGCCACCCUAA